AUGCUAAGGAAUGGCAGCACAGUGACAGAAUUUAUCCUCGUGGGCUUUCAGCAGAGCUCCACUUCCACAUGAGCAUUGCUCUUUGCCCUCUUCUUGGCCCUCUACAGUCUCACCAUGGCCAUGAAUGGCCUCAACAUCUUUAUCACCUGAACAGACCCCAAGCUCAACAGCCCCAUGUACUUCUUCCUCAGCCACCUGUCUCUCCUGGAUGUCUGCUUCAUCACUACUACCAUCCCACAGAUGUUGAUUUACCUCGUGGUCAGGAACCACGCUGUCUCCUUUGUAUCUUGCAUGACCCAGAUGUACUUUGUCUUCUGUGCUGGUGUGGACGAGUGCAUCCUCUCGGCUUUUAUGGCCUAUGACCGUUACGUUGCUAUCUGCUACCCACUUAGCUAUGUCCAGAGCAUAAGCUAGAAGGUCUGUCUCAGGCUUGUGGGAACUGCCUGGUUCUUUGGACUGAUCAAUGGCAUCUUUCUCGAGUAUGUUUCAUUCCGAGAGCCCUUCUGCAGAGACAACCACAUAGAAAACUUCUUCUGUGAGGCCCCCAUGGUGAUCGGCCUCUCUUGUGGGGACCCUCAGUUUAGUCUGAGGGCAAUCUUUGCCGAUGCCAUCGUGGUGCUGCUCAGCCCCAUGGUGCUCAUUGUCACUUCCUAUGUGUGCAUCCUUGCCACCAUCCUCAGCAGAGCCUCCUCCUCAGGUCGGGGGAAGACUUUAUCUACUUGUGCCUCUCACCUGACUGUGGUCAUCUUUCUCUACACCUCAUUCUCUUACAUGAACCCCCACAGCACACACGGGCCUGACGGAGACAAACCUUUCUCCCUCCUGUACACCAUCAUUACCCCCAUGUGCAACCCCAUCAACAAGGAAAUGAAGGAGGCCAUGGUGAGGGCACUUGGGAGAACCAGGCUGGCCCCGGCACAGUCUGUCUAG